AUGGCAGAUAAGAAGGCCUAUCAGGCACAAAGCACGAAACUCGGGGAUGUAGAUAAGAAGGCCGUGCCAGGCAUUAUUGGUCAUUGGAAAGGGUCAGGAAAUAACUUGACCACUAACACACAGGAUAUAUAUAUUUCCACCUUGGAGUCAACGACCAGCAAUUCCACCUCACAGCAGGCCCAGUCCCACUCAAUCCUAUUAGAAAUAAUAACCGACGAGGCCUCCUCCCGACCCCCAUGCAAGCUGUGGAGAAACUUUUCCCUGGCUCGGGGAUUCCCCAGCUGGCCGGGAAAGUUGAGAAGACUUUCAAUAUUUGAUUGA